AAUGUUUUUUUUACUAGAAAGCGCCUUUCAGCACCCGAUCUCAAAUGCAUCUUACGUAAACAAUUUUUGCUUUUAGUUGACUACACCACUCAAUGUUCCCUACAACCAAUUUGUUAUAACAUGACAUCUCAAUCAAGUGUGAUUAGUCGUGAGAGAGGUUCCAAAAUCCCUUUUACCAUGAAACGUCCACGUUCAUCCUAUUCCAGUCUCCAGUUAGUGGAGCUGGAGAAGGAAUUUCACUACUCCGCCUAUCUCACUCAACAGCGUCGAAUGGAACUGGCUGAACAAUUAAAACUCACUGAAAUGCAAAUAAAAAUUUGGUUUCAAAAUCGAAGAAUGAAACAGAAAAAGGCAUCAGUCACCUUCAAUCCACCUGUCACCACCGAUUCACCUCUCAGUUACGAAAACCACUGCCCAUGCAUCCUGCCUUCCCGACGGUGGACACAUCAACAGGAGGACAUGAAAUUAAUGAAUCGACUAAAUAAAAGACUGAACAUUUCAAUGUGUGUGGGUUAG